UCCCGCGCCCGCGCCCAGACGUUCAUCUUCACGGACUGGGAGGACCACGAGCUGCGCCUGCGAGCAGGCGAUCGCGUGAUCAACACCAACUGCUCCGCCGUGCACACGCGCCAGGCCCUGUGCUGCAAGAUGUCCGUGGAGUAUGACAAGUUCCUGGAGUCUGGGCAGAAGUGGUUUUGCCACGUCGAUGACGACAACUACGUGAAUCCCCGGGCGCUCCUGCGCCUCCUUUCUGCCUUCUCGCACAGCCAAGAUGUCUAUGUGGGAAGGCCAAGCCUGGACCACCCCAUGGAGGCAGCAGACCACGCACGGAGUGAUGGAUCAACAACCGUGAAGUUCUGGUUUGCCACUGGCGGGGCAGGGUUCUGCAUCAGCCGGGGCCUGGCCCUGAAGAUGAGCCCCUGGGCUAGCUUGGGCAACUUCAUCAGCACUGCGGAGAGGGUCCGUCUGCCCGACGACUGCACCAUCGGCUACAUCAUUGAGGGGCUGCUGGACGUGAGGCUGCUGCACAGCCCCCUGUUCCACUCCCACCUGGAGAAUCUGCAGAGGCUGCAAGGCGAGGCAGUGCUGCAGCAGGUCACCCUGAGUUACGGCGGCCCCGAGAACAAGCACAAUGUUGUGAGCAUGGGAGGAGUGUUUGGCCUGCAGCAGGAUCCAACGCGAUUCAGAUCUGUUCACUGCCUCCUCUAUCCUGACACUACCUGGUGCCCAUCUAAGAAGACUCUGUGACUUCUGGCUUGUCUCUGACAGCUGGUGUCUUACCUGCCCUGCACACAAACGGGCAGGCCCCGGCUGAGAUCAGUGCAUCACUUCCUGGGCAGGUGGACAAAGCGAUCUGCAACAGCACCGCCUUCCCCUCAAGCCACGUGGGGGGGAGAUGCCACCUGGAACCAUUCAGAUGCAAAGCUCUCCUGCUCCU